UGGUCGCUAACGCCAGCCUCAGUUUCAUUGCGACGACCGGAUCGAACUCACGCCUUCGCGUUCCAAAUUCAAACAAACGCGCGAAGUGAUCGCAACGAAUUUAUUUGUAUGGAAUAAAGUCGCGAACUAUUUUGUCACCUGCCAGUGUUUUGUUUUAAAUUAAAUAUGCGCAGUUUAUAAUCCGUAGAUAAUCUGUAUUUCGAAUAUUUUGAAUUGUUAAGUUUCGCUCAUUUGAAUUUUCGCUCUUCAGUUUCUUUGAUUGUGCUUCAAGCUGUAAGCAACAAAAGCUAACAUGACGAAUAUAUUGUACGUGGCGAUAUUAUGCGCAGGAUUCGCCGCGGUAACAGCGUACUACCGACCCAACUUACCGCCCGGCCCUUAUUGCGGCAUUGGAAAUAGAUGCUGCACAGGCAGGCAAGACCACUGUUCUGCAAGAAUACUUGACACAGUUUGUUACUGCGACGACUUUUGUGAUCGCGGCGCAAGAGAUGACUGCUGCCCUGAUUACAUCGAGGUCUGUAAACGUCCACCCAAACCAAUAAUUGCCUGUAUUGAGGGCAAUAAAUAUUAUCAGCCUGGACAAAAGAUUAAAAGGGACUGCCAUGAGUGUGUGUGCGAGAAAUAUCCAAACAUGGAUGUGGCUUAUUUCAAAUGCGAUAAUGACCCGUGCAUCAUGAGCGAGCAGGUGUACAGGGGUGUAUCAUCAGACCGUUCCACGUGGCGGGCGUACAGAAACUACACCCAAUUCUACGGGAAGAAGUUGAAAGAUGGCCUUAUAUAUAUGCUAGGUACUCUUCCCCUCAAUAAUGAAGUGGAAGCUAUAUCAGUGCCCAGCAAGAGCGAACUGAACUACCCCCUGCACUUCGACGCCAGAGACCACUGGCCAGGUUUCAUAUCCCCUAUCGUGAACCAAGAGUGGUGUGGCUCUGACUGGGCCAUAACUGUGGCUACAGUCGCUUCGGACAGAUUUGCUAUUCAAUCCAACGGUGCUGAGAAGGUGGUGCUUAGUCCUCAGAUCCAACUGUCAUGCAACAAAGAACAAAAUGGAUGCCAAGGCGGUUACAUUGACAAAGCAUGGAACUUCGCGAGACUUUACGGGCUUGUGGACGAAGAAUGCUUACCCUACAAGGCAAAUGUGACCAAGUGCCGAUUCAAUAAGAAGAACGACUUGAUCGGUGAUGGCUGCCGACCAGUGGUCGACGCGCGGACGUCUAGAUACAGGGUCGGACCGCUUUACAGAAUCAAGAAUGAAGCGGACAUCAUGUAUGAGAUAACGAAUUCCGGACCAGUACACGCGGUCAUGACGGUGUACCAAGACUUCUUCCACUACCGCGACGGCAUCUACAGACGUAGUCGGCACGGAGACAACAUCAUGCGGGGCUUGCACAGCGUUCGCAUCAUCGGCUGGGGUGAAGACUUUGGCGAUAAAUAUUGGAUUGUCGCCAACAGCUGGGGCUGCGAUUGGGGUGAGAACGGUUACUUCCGCAUCGCAAGGGGCCACAACCAGGUCGGUAUAGAGUCUUUCGUGGUCGCUUCGUGGAGCGAGGUCACCGAGGCGUACAAGAGAACAUAACAGAGGAACUUUCUUAUUACACCCCUCUGCGUGGUCACUAAGUUAAUUAAGACCGACCGGGGGUGGUUAUUGUUGAAUAGUACACGAUAUAUCCCAUGAAAUUACAAUCGAAUACUAACACAGAAAAAAAUUUAGUUGGAUUUACAUUGUAAACAGCCUCCGGAUAUUCAGUAACUAUUUGUUAGCGACCUCCCUUAACUAUCCAAUACAACAGUAACUCUCUCUGGCGCUGUGGUCAGCGCUGCGGUCUUAUAAAUAGGAAGUCUCGGGUUCGAUGCCCUGGCAGGAGCAAUUUGGAAACUAGUAGCACGCUGCAGACAAACGUGUUCCUGACGAAAGAAAAAAUAUUUCUAGCACAAAUUGGAAAAAAAUAUGGGAUAAAAUAUAUUACUGAUUAUUCUGCUUAUGUUUAACUUAAUUUAGACAACUAAAACUGCGAUAAAAGUGGUAUUAGGAGUGCACAGAGCGGCAUCGUAGCAUUUUAGGUCUUGUUUUUGUUUGCAACGUUCUAAAAUCGGAUCUGUAAGGCUAGCAUGCGCGCCACGAGUUAUAUCGACACAUUAUCUCGUCUACGUUUAACGAAAAAUACGAGUAAGUAGGUAGAGAUAAUUAAAUCGUGGGGCGCAUGCUUGCCAUACUGGCCUUGUUACGCUCUUAUGAGAAAUUUACUAACUGUGUAAAUCUGCCAUAUUGUUGGAUCUCAGAGUGGCGAGUAUCCGAAUGAAUGAAAAUCGAUACCCACUAGAAUGUUCUUAGAACAGUAAAAUGGCUAUAGCCAUUUCUUAUAUAUCUAUCUAUAGUUACAAAAUAUAGUCAUUCUAAAGUGUUCUAUAUCAUUGUUAACUCAUGGAGAGUUUUAGUUGGGUAGCUAUAUAUUUUUUGAUAAUUUAGUGAUUAUGAUCGUAAUUUCCGAACGUGUAGGACAUAUACGUAUAUAAAAAAUAUAAAGGUGUCUACACACUAAACCAACAGACUAUAGACUAUAGGACUAACUGCUCGACAGUUAGUCGGUGACUUUGCUGUAUGGACCAUCGUAUAUAUCCAUACGUUUGUUGCCAAAUAAGUGAUGCUUUUUCAGGAAAUAUAUAUUUUGAUACUGAAAUGUGUACUGUGAGAAUAAUCGAUGAUAUUUAAAUAAAGUAGCUUAGUGUAGUUUAGUGUGUACCUACCGAGGAAUUCUGAGUCCACUAGUGUAGGCAUAAGGCAGACAGAAUAUAUAAAAUCGAAAAUAUUUCUUCGAAACCUUAACUUCAGGGUAGUUAAUGCUUUUAUGCACGUGUGAAUGGCAAACCAAAGGCCUGAGAUAGCUAGGUACGUCGGUCGGAUGUUUUCAUCAAAAAAGCAGCGUUAACAUCAGCUGUGUUAGUUAAAAGUCCUAGAUAAUAAUAAAAUAAAUUAAAGAUUGUUUUAUAUGUACCGCCUGCUUAAUGUCUACGUUAUGAACGCAACUGCUUAGGUAAUUAAAAAGUUAAGUAAAAAGUAAGGCAAAAAAUUUACUAGCCAGAUUGAAAAGUUUAUAGUAAUUAGUAGCUUUUUAUUAUUAAGUUAGUCAAAAUUAUCCACUAUUUGAUAAAUUGGAUAAUUUAAAUUUUUCAACGUAAAGUAUUUCGAUAAUGUACUUAGUACAUAUGAUAAUUUAACUGUUAAAUAAAAUUAAAGUACUUAUUUACUUUGUUAUUAAAUACUUACCAUGAAACAUGAAUUACGUUAUAUUUAUUUGUUGUAAGUUAUUUUAAAAACGCUUUGUAAGUUAAAACUAGCUGUGACACGCGGUUUUACCCGCUUUAAAUAAAAAAAAAACCUGUCUCAGAUUUUUUUCAAUCUAAG